CAGCCAUCAGGCAACCACUUCUGAUGUCAAGGAGAGAAGGGGUGGUCUGAAUUGUAGAGACAGGCUAAAACCUUUGAACAUUCAUCUCUCAUUAUUCAUCAGAUGAACUCUGACCAAGAGUCCUUUAUGAUGACUAAAUGGACAACUCUCCACUGACCCUUGACUGAUCCUACAGCACCCCCACCCCACAGCAUCAUGGGGGACAUAGUCCAGAUGCACUUCAGUACUGUGGAUUAUGUGAUUUUCGUUGUGCUGCUAGUAGCCUCUGCUGGAAUCGGGCUUUACUACGCCUUCUCAGGAGGUUGCCAGAGGACCACACAAGAGUUCCUGCUGGCCGACCGCAGCAUGCGCUGCCUUCCCGUGUCCCUUUCGCUGCUGGCCACGUUUCAGUCAGCCGUGGCCAUCCUGGGCGCCCCUUCUGAGAUUUACACACACGGCACUCAGUACUGGUUCCUCGGCUGCUCUUACUUUUUGGGCUUGCUCAUCCCUGCACACAUUUUUAUUCCGGUUUUCUAUAGGCUCCGCCUCAGCAGCGCAUAUCAGUACCUGGAGCUUCGCUUUAGUAAAAGUGUUCGGAUUUGUGGCACUUUGACCUUCAUCUUUCAGAUGGUGAUCUAUAUGGGAGUGGUCCUCUAUGCCCCAGCGCUUGCACUUAAUGCAGUAACUGGUUUUGACCUUUGGGGGGCAGUGCUGGCUAUGGGAUUGGUGUGCACACUGUAUACAGCACUGGGUGGUCUGAAAGCAGUAAUCUGGACAGAUGUGUUCCAGACAAUUGUGAUGUUUGCUGGGCAGCUGGCUGUGAUCAUUGUGGGUACACACCAGGCAGGUGGCAUCGCUGAAGUAUGGAGGAAAGCACAAAAUGGCAGCCGUAUCUCAGGCCUUGACCUGAACCCUGACCCUUUGGAGAGGCACACAUUCUGGACUCUGGGAGUGGGGGGUGUAUUUCUCAUGCUGGCCCUAUAUGGGGUGAAUCAGGCUCAGGUCCAGAGAUACCUCAGCUCCCGCACAGAGAAAGAGGCCAUUAUGUCAUGCUAUGCAGUGUUUCCAUGCCAACAGAUCGUGCUUGCAUUGGGCUGUUUAAUGGGUCUGGUUAUGUACGCUCGCUAUGGAGAGGAGAGCCCCCUGGAUCAAGGCUAUGUCACAACGAAUGACCAGAUGGUACUGUACUUUGUGAUGGAUGUGUUGAGAGAUCUGCCUGGCUUGCCAGGACUGUUUGUUGCCUGCCUGUUUAGUGGAGCUCUCAGCACAAUCUCAUCUGCAUUCAACUCCCUGGCAACGGUUACCAUGGAGGACCUGAUAAAACCUCAUGUCCCAGCCAUGACUGAGGCCCGAGCCACUCUGCUCUCUAAACUCUUGGCUCUUGCCUAUGGGCUUGUGUGUCUGGCUAUGGCAUACAUCGCCUCUCUAAUGGGCUCUGUGCUGCAGGCAGCACUCAGUAUAUUUGGGAUGGUGGGGGGCCCUCUUCUUGGCCUUUUCUGUCUUGGGAUGUUUUUUCCUUGGGCCAAUUCCACUGGGGCUCUGGUUGGGCUGGCAGCAGGGCUGGUCAUGGCUUUCUGGAUCGGUAUUGGCAGCUUUGUUUCAAAAAUGUCUGCAUCUGUGCCACCUAUAAUAAAUGCCACUGUCAUGCCUGAUGUGGGAAACAUGACAACAGCUGUCAUGACAACACUCAUCACAAGUAAAUCCAGGCCAUCUGGAGUUCAGGCUUUAUAUUCAUUAUCAUACAUGUGGUACAGUGCUCAUAACUCUGCUACUGUUGUGGUGGUGGGACUACUGGUCAGCUUCCUCACAGGGCCCAUGAAGGAGGAGGAGUUGAACCCAGGCACAAUUUACCCUGUACUGGGCAAUCUGCUAUUUUUUCUGCCCCAACGCUACAGGGAGAAACUCUGCUGUGUUACCCCACUGGAUGACAAGUCCAAAGGUCUAGAUCAACAGCCUUACCAGAUGGCUCAGAAAGAGAGCAAUGGUGUUGCCUGCAUAAAAGAGGAAGACAAGCUCAGGGAAGAGGAAGGAGAACAGAUAACUGCCCAGCCUACUUGUAACCUGGCCCACAUGGUGCAGGAAACAGCCUUGUGAAAGCUCCCACACUGUGUCACAGUUCACAAUACUAAAGGGUCACUUAGUCUCCCAAAGGCUCUAGGAACCAGUCGGAGGAAAACGUCAGUUAUAAUGCCAAAAUGGCAUGCUAAUAUUCAACCUCAUUGUUCCCUCAUGCUGAAUUGGGUUUGAUGGAUUUAGAACCCUAAGUCCAUAAGCAGUUGUGUGUAUUGUGAUGUCAUAAAAGGGCCCUCUGCAAUAUUUAUAUGCUGUGCCCCAAACUGCCAAUGGUGGAGGUAAUAGGAUGUCUUGUUUAUAUGUGGUACUUUAUGUCAUGGGUGAUGUCUUGAAAUGUUGCAUAAUGUUUGAGAUUCUGUGAACUGUAUUAAAACAUGCUAGGAGAUGAGGUUGCUCGGACGUGACCAUACCCAAGCAGUUGUUUAAUCUACACUUUUUGAAACCAGUUUACAUGGCCUAAUUUUAAUCUCAAGAGCACAUGAAUACUCAAUAUUUGAAUAUUGUUGGGUCAUGAUUAGUGGUCGACCGAUAUGUUUUUUUGUAAUGGCAAUAUCCAGACAGCGGGGUGGCCAAUGGCUGAUAUACUGACAGUGUAAUUUAAUGAUAGCAAAUAUAAUAUAAACAAAAUUGGUGAAUGUAACACUUAUUUUUCUCAAUAUUUUCCCAUUGACAAGGCUGUCAGUAGAUUUUGGAUAUGACACUAGGCGGAAUGACCACUUCUGUUAAAAGGACAGCUCACUCAAAAAUAAAAAUUCUCUCAUGCCAUCCCAGAUGUGUAUGACUUUCUUUCUUCUGCUGAACACUUUCUAACUGUUUCUUACCCACACCUAUAAUAUCCCUUCUGAAUAAAUGGAUUUAACCACUGAAGUCAUAUGGAUUACUUUUAUGCUGCCUUUAUAUGCUUUUUUGGACCUUCAAAGUUUUGGACCCCAUUCACUUGCAUUGUAUGGACUUACAGAGCUGAGAUAUUCUUCUAAAAAUCUUCAUUUGUGUUCAGCAGAAGAAAUAAAAUCAUACACAUCUGGGAUGGCAUGAGGGUGAGUAAAUGAUGAAGGAAUUUUCAUUUUUGGGUGAGCUAUCCCUUUUACUUUAUUGGCCCGAUAUUGUCUAAUUAAUUGGCCGGGCCGAUAUAUCGGACUGUCACCAUUCAACAUGAUAUACUCUAAGUGUACGCACAAAGCGAAAAAAGCACUCUUAAUGUCAGGUUUGUGAUGGGUGGUUUACGUCAAGAUAGACCACAGUUUGCACAAUUCCUCAAACUUUGACAGAGAGUAGUCAUUUAAUGUCUGUGCCAUUCGAGGUACGUUUGGGGUUUUUCUCUCCCAGAGAGUUUAUUUCGUCCAAAGUUCAUUACCAUUAGCCUUUCAUUUUGUUUGCCUUUGAAAGUGCAAUGGUUAAUGUGUUUGUUCACAAAACCAAGCUCAAGUUUACAGCACAUGAAGAAUUGCCAAUAUUUCAAAUGCAAAUGUAGUAAAAGUUCAACUUGGCAUUCACGAAGAGACCAUCUGCAUUGAAGAUAUGUCAUAAUCGUGAUAGAUGUGAGAUACUGUGUUUAAUCUAAUGCAUGUUGAAUCUAUAGUUUCCUCUCUCUCAGUGAACUCUCAUUGAAGCCCAUCGUUUGUGAUAAGUGCCUCCUCAUAUGAAUGUAUGAUGUUUGUAGUUUUGUGACUGGAGUCUUGCUUUAGUUUGCCAUUUUUAACUUAACCCAAGUGGAGCAUGGCCCCACUGAUAGGAUAGUUUUUAAGCAUCUUAAAUUAAUUUAAAAAAUCUGAUUCUAUUGAUGCUUUGUAGUUUAAAAGUCUGGCUAACUAUCCAUUUAGCAUCUCAAAAAAGCUUGAAAUUUGUCAGGAUCAAAUAUUAUUUUGGUGCAGAUGAUUAUGAAGGAAACAGUCAAACAAGAGUUUAUAAAGUUCUAAGUUUAAAAAUGUUCUUCGUGAUUUAGACAUGACAAUUAAAUGUUAUAAUGCCACUGUUGUAUUUGAUAUAAAUCUUAGAUAUAGAAUUAAGGAUGCUUGUUAUUACAGUAUCAAGAGUAGAGACUAACUGCAUAGAAUUGAAACCCCUUUGGGAAGUUUCUGACCAUAAUUCUCCGUAUGAAAAAUUUCAUGAGUCUUUAAUGCAUAUGGAUUGAUAUUGUUGCACUUGUUUCUUGUAAUUUGAUUGUUUCUUCUUGUUGUUAUAAAUGUCGUUUGUUAUGCCUUUAUAACAUGCUUUGCUGUCUAUUCCAAAUUCAGACCUCAGUAAGCCAUACCAUUUGUAGUUGCUAUAUUAGAAAUUAGUUGAAUUCCAGAGUCUUGUAUUGUGCCUGUGAAAGAAAUUAUAGCCUUCUCUUAACCAUCACUAUCUCAGAAGCACAGACAGUCAGUUAUAUUUUCAGUUUAUGUGGUGUGGGUCAACAUGUCGUGCUUGCUUGUAAAAGUCGCUCAUUUGUUUCUAGUUUAUUUUUGUCUUUAUUGUGGGCAUUUGUCUCCAAACAAUUAUCUUAUGUGUAAUCAUGUCCAUUAUGCAUCAAGGGGUUUUACCUCCUCUCACUUAACUAAAGAUCAUUCUGCAUUUUAUAUAGGUUCCAUGCCUUUAGAAAUAUACCGAUAGGGAAAAAGUGACUGAACUGCGACAGCUAUUUUGACUAACAGUAUUAGAUGCAAAACUGGAAAUUGGUUGAUUGGGGGAUCCUAGAAUUUUGGCAGCAGUUUGCAAUGAAACAUACAAUUAUGAUAGUUUAAUAAUGUAUUUAAUGUUCAUCAAAUUUAAACUGAUUUUAGAUUUCUUAAAGGAAUUUUCCGGGUUCAUUACACUCAAUCAUCAGAAUUUUUGGCAUAAUAUAGAUUAACAUAAAAAUUUAUUUUGACUUGCCCCUCCUUUUCUUUAAAAAAGCAAAAAUCUGGGUUUCCAGUGAGGCACUUAAAAUGGAAGUGAAUGGGGCCAAUCCGUAAACAUUAAAAUACUAAUUGUUUCAAUAGUAUAGCCACAAGACUUAAACAAUAUGCUUUUUAACAUGAUUUAAGUGUGAUAAAAUUGCUUACUAACCUUUUCUGUGUAAAGUUAUAUACAGUUUUACAUCCGUGACGAUGGAAUGUCAGCAUACUAAAAGCCUAAAACGACUGUAAAAAAAUAUGAUUUAAACAACUUUACAGCUCAAAUAAUACAUGAGUUUUAACAGAAGAAUUAAUGUAAGUGCUUUUAUACAAUUAUAAGCUUCACAUUUCUGCCUUUUAAACCCUCCCAAAAUUGGCCCCAUUCACUUCAAUUUAACCUCAAUUUGUGUUUUUUUUUUUUUUUUUAUAUAUAUAUAAAGAAAAAGAAGAACGAAUCAAAAUUAUUUUUUGUGGUAAUCAACAUUAUGCCACAAAUGCUGUCUAUUGAGCUUAACUUGUAUUGAACCUGGAAUAUCCCUUUAAAACACAAUGACACUCAUUCUUAAUCCAUGUCAGUUCAAUCUGUAGAUUAAUAGCUUGAAAACCAUUUAUUUCUGGUCUGAAAAUAAUAAGAAAACAAAUAUAUUUUUGGGCUGGAUUUUGGUAACUUGAGCAUUCCGAUCAAAAAGGGUCCACUAUAAAUUCAUAGUUCAGAUCCAUUUAUUCCAAAGCAAGUGUCUCUGUUCAUUUUUUACAGACAUGUUUUCACCAUUAGUAUCCUACAUAUUUGUAAACUGGAUGAAUUGCAUGUUAAGCUGCCAUUUGUCACACCUGAAAUUACUUGAAUUAUGUGUGUUAAAAUGCUUUCUUAAAACACCUGAAUCUAUAAUGAUGUAGAGCACUUGCAUUUACAAACUGAAUCUUUCAUUCUAGAUUGUUCCGUUGAACAUUUGCCUUUCUCCUAAGAGCAUAAUUUCCUUUGAUUGAUGAGGGAAGGAAAUCUAUUGCCACAGGCAGGGAUACAAUUAUUAUAAACUAUGCUGUCCUACAAUCUUAAGCUGUGUAACCCUGAGAAAAUCAACCGUAGGUGAUCUAUAUGGAGAAAAAAAAAAAAAAAAAUCACUGAUCUGUACUGUGAGAAUUGUUUUCUAUGACAUUUUUAAAUACUCAUUUUAUAUGGAGAGUAAGCAUAACAUUUGUUUGUACAAUUAAAAUAAAUAUUUCUAUAGCAUAAUAUUUGUUUAUAUAAAUAUUAUGAGAAUAUUUAUUUUUGCAGAAGUUUUCCUUGCUAUUUUAUUUUCCCAAAUAUGCAUUCCAGAAAUCCAUAAGCAAUGGAGUUUGACCAGCUUCAUUGCUUUGGUUGUGCCUUCACUCAGUGUCUCUUUAUUUGAUUGGUCGUGAAAGUUCUCGCAAAGAACUUUCCAUUACAUGAAAAAGAGGCAGUCUUAUGGCCUGCAAGGCGUCUAUAGCGAUGAUACUUUUAUUAAUAUAGAUGAAUACAGAAUAGAAGAACAUAGUGUAUGUAGUCACACUAGUUGGCAUUACUUUGAAUCAUGAACACAAAUUUUUCCUCUCGAUAAAUUGUAUGUAAUGAGAAAGCAAUUAAUGUAUUUGUCUACAAAAAAAUAAAUAAAAAUGUCUUCCUG